AUGAGUUAAAAAUUUGAAGAAAUUGCAAGACUUACAAGAAGCACUGCUAUCUUUAAAGCUAAUUAUGUGCCAUUAACUUUGGUAGGGGCAUCCCUAAUUUCAUUUAUUGCCUGGUCAAAAUUGCCUUAUGGCUAAGCUUUUCCUCAUUUAACAAUUUCAGAAUAUGUGCCUAAGAAAUAAUAUUUUCAUUCCUUGAUUUUGGCUCCCUUAAAUUUUUAGACUAAUGUAUAUUUAAUAAAUAACUUAUUAGGGACAUUUAUUAGUUUACGGCCCAGCUAUGUUAUACUCUUUUUAUUAAAUGAGUACAGUUUUAUGCAAUGCUUAAUUUUUGGCCUUUUAUAUCAUUAAUUCUCUUAUAUGCUCUUCAUUUACAGUUUAUUAUGAGAAAAAAAGAAGUGCAGAAAAUGGUAUCAAUUUAAUGUCUCCAAAAUGUGUAUCAGCAACUACUCCUUUAAGUUUUAUGACCUCUUUAAUGGUAUUGAAACCUCAUUUAAAAUUAUUAAAUAAAGUAUACACUAUUAUUAUUGUAGCCUCCACUCCCAUUUUUUUUAGUUCCUGCUAUGUAUGGUAUGUAUGAAUUGUAAGAAUACUAAAAUGGAUUCAUUAAUGAAGUAUGUAGACCAACUCACAUUUUAGCCAUGAUUAAUGGAUUAAUAUUGGGACUCAUUUUUAAAAGAUUCAUUUGA